UGUAUUGAUACAGGCUUUAUCUUUUCCACUUUCACAGCUAUAACAUGAUGUAAAGUGAAGUUAUGGAAGUGCGAAUAUUACGGCAUAAUUACCUUCCGUCUCUCUACAGACAGACGACAGAAAAACUUCCGCUCACCCGACUGCGGCGGGAAAUCGACCUAACGAUGAAAAAAGUUCUCCAAACAGAGAUUCCGGUCUCUCCAGUGGCCAAAGAAUUGUUUGAUCAAUGUAUGUCUCACCUGCUCCAAUAUCUGAAAACCAAUCAGUACAAUUUAGACUGUUCAGAGCCCCCUGUCUAUGCAGGGGAUGUGACGCCUUGGACUCCCUACAAAAAAGAGUGUCCAUGCUACCUGAUUCAAAUGAAAGUGGGAAAACUGGGUGGAACGUACGUCGAACCGGGAUAUGUGGUUUUUCCACUGUCGGUCAAAAAGGACAAAAAAGUUAUCAAAGUGUAUAAACUCGACUUAAGAUCUGAUGAUAAACAACAUUUAAGUCCUAAAAAAAUGUACAAAGCAGUUUUUCUCGUUUUCGAAGCUGCUAUAGUUAAACUGAAGAAGUCGUUGGCAAAAAGCAGAAGUACACUGACGACUGCUAGCUAUCAAUCGACAGAAACUACAAAGGUAACGAAAACUGACAAACCAGCUAUUGUACCAAAUAUUUAUCUUAAAACAAGAGAUAAGGACCUUUGUCUUGUGAUGUCACUUCCGGGAGGGAACGAGGUGGAGUUAAUUCCUACCAUCACGGUGUCUCCAGAUGGACCCUUUAUUGUUGCCAAGCCUUUUGAGCACGAUGAAAAUCCGGCUUCAGAUAUGUUGUGGCGCACAAACUUCUCUCCGAACGAGGAGCAUAUAUUGAACGCUGUCACAAAUGGGGAUCGCGAGCAACGAAUUAAUGCCGCCAAAAUAUUAACGUUUAUGUGCCAAAAAGAAUGGAAACUUAACCAUGUGACGGCAUAUCAGGUAAAAAAUAUACUUAUGCACGAAAUAGACUUUCAAAUUGACCAUUCUCCAAGAUGGCAGCGAUUUACUCCAGAAGAAUGCAUGCACUUAAUUUUGUUGAAAAUGCUCGAGUUUUCCAGGGAACGAUUUUUGCCUCACUUUUUCGAAGAAGACCUUAAUCUCUGGGGACAUCUCACAGACAGACAGUUCCGAUUUAUGUGUAAUGAACUUGAGCAACUCACGCGAGACGACGAUGAGAUGUUGAAAGUCAUCAGUCGAAUCAGAGUAGACAAAAUAGAUUACUAGAUUUAAUAAUGUAUGUUUGAAAUAUCACACAAUUAGGCAGCACUUCUUGCUCUAUAAUUGUCUUUCAUAAAUCUUUAUAAAUAAACUCUUCCUACUCAUGUAACAAUAUUGAA